AUGGAUGCUGGUAGCGGCGGCAGCAGCCGCGGUCCGGCUCCCGGCCCGGGUCCGGAAGGGGAUCAUCGGCCCAAGGGGGAGCCCUUGGCCCCAGACGGCAGCUUCCCGGACAGGUCCCAGAGCAAGGCUGUGGCCCCUGAGGCAAGCCCAGAGAAGAGCUGCUCCCUCCACAGUGGCCCCCUGGAGGAUCCUUCCAGUUCUUCAGGACCCCCACCAACAACUUCCACCCUCCAGCCUGUGGGCCCGUCCAGCCCCUUGGCCCCUGAACACUUCACCUACACCCGGGCACCGCAGGAAUACCGGGGAGACAAUUCCCUGCCAGGGCUUGGGGACCGAGCAGCUCUAUGCUCCCAUGGCUCUAGCCUCAGCCCUUCACCAGCCCCCUCACAGCGAGAUGGGGCCUGGAAGCCGCCAUCUGUGCAACACCAUGUGGUCAGUGUCAGGCAGGAACGGACCUUCCGGAUGCCAAAGAGCUAUUCCCAGCUGAUUGCUGAGUGGCCAGUGGCUGUGCUGCUGCUGUGUCUGGCUGUCAUCCUUGUCUGCACCCUGGCUGGACUGCUGGGGGACCAGCUGCCCGACUUCUCCAAGCCCUUGCUGGGCUUUGAGCCUCGAGACACAGACAUCGGCCGCAAGCUGGUAGUGUGGAGAGCACUGCAAACCCUCACGGGCCCCAGGAAGCUGCUUUCUCUUUCCCCAGACCAUGAGCAGAACAGUUCCAACGCCCAUACCACUCUGAGCCCCACACCCUGGAGCAGUACCCAGGAGGGCUUAGUCCGGCCUCGAAGGAUGGUGGAGCCCCUAGAGGACAGAGGACAGAACUUCUUCUGUGGCCCGCCUGAGAAGAGCUAUGCACAGCUGGUGUUCAUGUCCACCUCAGCAGGCAGCCUGUGGAACCUGCAUGCCAUCCAUUCCAUGUGCCGCAUGGAACAGGACCAGAUCCGCUCCCAUAGCCACUUUGGGGCUCUGUGCCAGCGUACGGAAGCCAACAAGUGCUGCCCCAGCUGGUCCCUGGGCAACUAUGUGGCUCUGCUCUCCAACCGCUCCUCCUGCCUGGACACUACUCAAGCCGAUGCGGCCCGAACACUGGCCCUUCUGCGGGCCUGUGCCAUCUACUACCACCGCGGCGCCCUGGUGCCCUCUUGUUUGGGCCCUGGACAGGACAAGCCAGCACACUGCACCCAGGUGCCCACCAAGUGCUCCCGGAGCAGCGCUGUCUACCAACUCCUCCAUUUCCUACUGGACAGGGACUUUCUGAGUCCCCAGACUGCCGACUACCAGGUGCCCUCCCUCAAGUACAGCCUGCUCUUCCUGCCCACUCCCAAGGGGGCCUCCAUGAUGGGCAUCUACCUGGACCGCCUGGCAGUGCCCUGGGGGCUCUCUGACAACUACACGUCCAUCACCGGCAUGGACCUGGGCCUCAAGCAGGAGCUGCUGAGACACUAUCUGGCCCAGGACACGGUGUACCCCUUGCUGGCCCUGGUUGCCAUCUUCCUCAGCAUCGCCCUCUACCUGCGUUCCCUCUUCCUCACGCUCCUGGUACUGCUGGGGGUGCUGGGCUCCCUGCUGGUCGCCUUCUUUCUCUACCGGGUGGCAUUCCGCAUGGCCUACUUCCCCUUCGUCAAUCUGGCUGCCUUCGUCCUUCUCAGCAGCGUCUGCGCCAACCACACACUCAUAUUCUUCGACCUGUGGCGCCUCAGCAAGAGCCAGCUGCCCUCGGGGGGGCUGGCGCAGCGCGUGGGCCGCACCAUGCACCACUUCGGCUACCUGCUGCUGGUCUCGGGCCUGACCACAGCCGCGGCCUUCUACGCCAGCUACCUGAGCCGCCUGCCGGCCGUGCGCUGCUUCGCCCUCUACCUGGGCACGGCCGUGCUGGCCCACCUGGCCCUCACGCUGGCCUGGCUGCCCGCCUCCGCCGUGCUCCAUGAGCGCUACCUGGCGCGCGCCUGUGCGUCCCGGGUGCAGGGCCCGAGGGCCGGCAGCGCGCCCCGGCGACUGGCCCUGGCGCUGCACAGAAGGCUCCGCGGUCUCCGGAGGGCGGCGGCCGGCACCUCGCGCCUGCUCUUCCAGCGCCUCCUGCCCUGUGGGGUCAUCAAGUUCCGCUACAUCUGGAUCUGCUGGUUCGCUGCGCUGGCGGCAGGGGGCGCCUACAUCGCCGGCGUCAGCCCCCGCCUGCGGCUGCCCACGCUGCCGCCGCCCCGCGGCCAGGUCUUCCGGCCCAGCCACCCCUUUGAGCGCUUCGACGCCGAGUACCGCCAGCAGUUCCUGUUUGAGCGGCUUCCUCAGAGCGAGGGCGGCCAUUUGCCCGUGGUGCUGGUGUGGGGCGUCCUGCCCGUGGACACUGGCGACCCGCUUGACCCUCGCAGCAACAGCUCACUGGUGAGUGACCCCGCCUUCUCGGCCAGCGGCCCGGAAGCCCAGCGCUGGCUGCUGGACCUCUGCCACGGAGCUCGGAAUCAGAGCUUCUUUGGAGCCCAGCCCGAGGGCUGGCCCACGCUCUGCUUCGUGGAAGCCCUCCAGCGCUGGGUGGAGAGCCCCGCUUGUGCCCGCCUGGGGCCGGGCCUCUGCUGUGGCCACUCUGCCUUCCCUUGGGCACCCCAGCUUUUCCUUCACUGCCUCAAGAUGAUGGCUCUGGAGCAAGGCCCCAACGGCACCCGGGACCUGGGGCCACGCUUCAAUGCCCAUGGCAGCCUGGCUGCCCUGGUCCUGCAGUUCCAGACUAACGUCCAGUAUAGUCCGGACUACGGCCAGGCCCACCGCUUCUACACUGAGGUUAGCCACUGGCUGGCGGCCGAGCUGGGCCGCGCACCCCCCGGCCUCCACCGGGGCUGGUUUACCAGCCAUCUGGAGCUCUACAGCCUGCAGCACAGCCUGAACACAGAACCAGCUGUGGUGCUGGGCCUCGCGCUGGCACUGGCCUUUGCCACACUGCUGCUGGGCACCUGGAACGUUCCACUGAGCCUGUUCUCCGUGGCAGCCGUGGCGGGCACCGUGCUGCUGACUGUGGGGCUACUGGUUCUGCUCGAAUGGCAGCUCAACACUGCCGAAGCUCUCUUUCUCUCCGCCUCUGUGGGCCUCUCGGUGGACUUCACAGUCAACUACUGUAUCUCCUAUCACCUGUGCCCGCACCCUGACCGCCUGAGCCGAGUGGCCUUCUCCCUGCGUCAGACCAGCUGUGCCACGGCAGUGGGGGCCGCGGCCCUGUUUGCGGCCGGGGUGCUCAUGCUACCCGCAACCGUGCUGCUCUAUCGCAAGCUGGGCAUUGUCCUGAUGAUGGUCAAGUGUGUCAGCUGUGGCUUCGCCAGCUUCUUCUUCCAAUCUCUGUGCUGCUUCUUUGGGCCAGAGAAGAACUGUGGGCAGAUCCUCUGGCCUUGUGCCCACCUGCCUUGGGACACUGGAACCGGAGAGCCAAGUGGGGAUAAGGCAGGCCGCCCACGGGCAGGGCCAGCAGGAGGGGCGCCCGGAUCAUGCUCGGAACAGUACGAGCUCCAGCCCCUGGCACGGCGCCGGAGCCCCAGCUUUGACACAAGCACAGCCACGAGCAAACUGUCCCACCGGCCCUCUGUGCUCUCAGAGGAUCUCCAGCUGCAUGAUGGCCCCUGCUGCUCCCGUCCCCCACCGGCCCCUGCCUCCCCGAGGGAGCUGUUCCUGGACCACCAGUCCGUCUUCAGCCAGUGCCCAGCCCUGCAAACAUCCUCCCCUUAUAAGCAGGCGGGCGCCAGCCCCAAGACCCAAGGCAGGCGGGACUCCCCAGGCCAGAAGGCUGAGCCUGCGAGGGCCUCACCAAAAGUCCCUGCCCACUCUCCCAAGGCCAAGUCUGUGGAACCUCCUGAUUGCCUCUGCUCUUCAGCCAGCACCCUAGAGGGCCUCAGCGUCUCUGAUGAGACCUGUCUGAGCACCUCGGAGCCCAGUGCCCGAGUUCCAGAUUCUGUUGGUGCCUCCCCAGACGACCUGGAUGAAACAGAGCCAACUGUACCCGAGCGGGGCCAGCUGAACGAAAAGCGGGACACCCUGUGGCUGGCGCUGAGGGAGGCCGUGUACGAUCCUUCCAUUCCUGCCUCCCACCAGAGCAGCUCAUCCUGGAAGGGCCAUGGGGCCCCGGGGGAUGGCAGCCCUGUGGUGCUGCCCAACAGCCAGCCAGAUCUGCCAGACGUUUGGCUCCGCAGGCCCAGCACCCACACUUCAGGCUACAGUAGCUGAGGGAGGCCUGGACUAGGGUGCAGAGCCUGUUGGAGGCGACAAGGUGGCCCCGGACUGAAGCUUGAUGGUGUCUCCCCACCUCAGCAUGGAGAGGUUUCACCAUCCAACUGUGGAGUUUAAACCCUGCCCCAUGUGGGUCAGCCUCGGUCCAGGCUGCUGCUUACUCCCCACAUCUGGAAGAUUCAGUGGGGUGGAUCUUGGGAAAGAAAGGUCACAGGCUCAUGUCUUGUGACUUGCUGAUCUCUCGUCUGCCCCCCCCCCAACCUAAUGCCAACCAGGACCUCUAGAAGGGGGAAGGCCAGAUUUGUGGCUCCAGGUAUCAGGGGGAGGCCGACCUGGCCUCCAAGCCAAGCGGGUGUGAGGGACCCAGUUCCUGGGACCCUGCAGGGCACCUCACCAACCAGAAGAGCCCUGGGGAACCCCAACAGCCCCCGGGACCUCACACCUUUCAGGGGCUCUUUAUCAGGACACUCCCUUCUCUUCAGGGAGCUUCUCUGGGCCAGAAUUAGGCUGAGGCCUCUUUCCUGAAUGGCCUUAACCUCCUCACACUCCCUAGGCUGACCAGGAAUUCGUCAAGGCCGGGUAGAGAUGGCUGCUGGCAAUGAAGCAGGGGGAGGAAGGCCAGCCAGCCUGAGUGUCGUUCAGUUGCAGAAACAGUCCCUUGUGGGGAGCAGGAAGUGUGUGCUCCCCUGGAAACAAACAAGAACCCUUUAUAUCCUGUAUCUUUUCCUUUACACAAUACUUAACUUGCAUACCCACGUCUCCUUGGAAUCUCACCAUUUCACUACGGGGUAGCCUGCAAUUAGCCAGAUCCUCCCCCCCUCCAUCCCCGGUUUAUAGGUAAAGUCACUGAGAAUAAGUAAGGUUAAGUGAUUGACUCACAGUCUUAGAGCUCAUAAGUGUGGGAGCAGGCUUCCUGCCUUGAUCCACUGCUAGAAUUCCCACUGUCCUGGUUACCUGCCCCAGGGCAUUGGACUGUAGUUAACCUGAUGGUUCACCUUGCAGGUGUUUCUGAGAAUACCCCAUCCCGCCCCUCUUCAGACCUCUGUCUCCAGACAGCGCUGUACUCUGAGCAAGCUGCGCUUUGUUCUACAUCUGCCCCGUGCUUCCCUCCAGAUCCACUGAGAACCUCCAGGCUCUGGGGCAUCCUGGCAGAGCUGAUUCCCCUGUUCCAGGGCAUGCUUCUUCCAUGGCCGCAGCGUGUGGAGAGGCAGAGGGUAGUAGAGGUUGAACAGAAUUCAGCUAAGGCAGGAACUCAGGACGGUCCCUUUGGGGAGAGUGCGAGUCUAAAACUCUACCCCCAGUCAGGGAAACCCCAGCUUCCUACAGGCAAGUCUGUCUGGGGGCACUCAGGAGACCAAAAGGUGACUCCCUGUUCCCCAAAGCAAAGAGUCGCUCUGCAAAGUUUUAUGCCAUGUGAGAGCUCCUGGCCCUUGAAGCAAAGUUACUCGAACACCUACUCUCAUGUGGAACCACGAGGAGACAGAGGCCUGGAAGGGAAAUUGAGCACCUGCCCUCGAGGGGCUCACAUGUUAGCUCUUCCCUCAGGCAUGGAUGGGUCACUGGUGGCACCUUGCAGUGUGGGCUGAGGGCCAUGUGCCUGUCACCAUUCAUAUUGCUAGAGGUCAGGUACCCAGGACCGGUAACCAGGAUGGCUUCCCUGAAGGGAGACAACUUGAGCUGGGCUUUGGAAGUCCAAGUGUCUCAGACUGGAAGGGACCUUAAUGAUCAUUUAUUCCAGCAGUUUUCAAACUUUGUAGCCUCAGGAUCCUUUCUUCAAAGAAUCCUUGUGUGGAAACACAGUUACAAAACAGAUAAGAAGCAGCAACUCCGGGGGUGGUGCUGGGUGGGUGUGUACAGAGUCAGCUCAGCCUCCCUUUCUCCUGGGCUUCUUGGGGGCCCUGGGGAACCCCACAAGCUCCCUGUAGCUCUAACAGAAUGUGGUGUGAAAACCACCAAGCCAGGUCAUUUUACAGAUGAGUAACACAGAGAGGAAGGGAUUCUUCUAGGGCCAGACAGUCUGUGACCCAGCUAGAGGCAACUCAAGAGGUGUUUCUGUUUUGUUUUGUUUUGUUUUUUCCUGUAUUCUUGAAACCUACCUCCCACCAUAAGAAGCCCAUGAGAAGUGGAGCAGAAAUCCAAAUGACACACAGGAGUUCUAGAAGCGCGAGAAGACCAUGGGUGGGAAUGACAGGCUACGUCAGCUCCUCUGCAAGCUGAGAAAAUCAAACCCAUUUGACCCCUGACCACCAGGAAGAGGAGGCAAGAAUGAGGACCUAACUUGCACCUAUUCUCUGGGAGGUCUGUGGAACCACUCUGUCUUCAUGUCCAAUUGGAAUUCCCUGUCUGUGGCCUGAGGCUACUCAUCAAGGUCUUGGUUUCUCUGCACUGUGGACCGUGUCCUUCUGUAUCACACACUAAUGCUUUGAGAGCCCUGGUCUCAUCUGGGACAAUCAGCCAGAGAGAGGACAAAGUGAGCCCUUCCUUCUGAGCGUGAGCAGAAGUCUGGCCUUGACUCAAAAAAGAGACCAGUGUCUUAAUUGUUUUUUCCAAGCACCUCGCCAAGGCUCUUCUGCUUUGUAUUGUGGGGGUGGGCAGCAGGGACCUAGACCAAAAGGACCUGCUCUUCCACAUCCUUUUUGUCUUGCAAAGGGAGACAUGGUAUCUGGGACUGGAGCUUUGAAAUUUUGCCAGAACACAACCACUGAAAUGUCAGAGAGAAUACAGAGGGGUGGGUAGGGUGGGCAUCAGGGAUGUGGGCACAGCUGAGGAUCCUACUCAGAGAUUUCUGGGUCCCAUUCUUGCAGGCCACAGCCACAAAACCCAGCAGGAAGGCUGAUCAACCAGAGUAGCUGAGGUACAGACUGGAUUUGGUCUUUAUACCACUGGGCCCCAAAGACUGGAAGACCCCAGCGGUAAUCUAAAACACCACCUCACUCCCAGAGUGGCCCAUACCAACAGCAGGCAACCCACAUUAAUGGAUAAUCUAGCCUGCCUCUCCAGCCCCAACUCUGAAAAGCAGGAUUUAAAGUAUUGUCAAUUUCCUGUAAGUUUCAGCAGACCUAUUUGCUUCAUUACAUUAUCAGUGGUUACAAGGAGUAUAUGGCUCAGAAGCAUGCUGAGGCAGGGGAAAACCAGCUAAAGCAUUCAUGUUUGCUCUGUGAAAUUCGAGAAAUGGUUUCUUAACACUGAGACACUUUAAAAUAGAACUACGUUGACACCCAUUUGGGACUUAAGGUCCUUUCUCCUAUUUGUGCCACAGAUCCUUGAACUUCCACUCAGAGUAUGAGUACCUGUGCUGUAUGUUUUUAAAAUGUAACUUGGUUUACUUUGUCACUAUGGGAAAACCCAUCCUUCCAUGGCUGUGGUGCUUUGUUGACAAUGAUAGAGAUUGGUUUGACUAGCAGACUCUUAGAUUGGCACAUGGCAUAAGUGAUACCAUGAUACUAAGGCAAUAUCCCAGCCUAAGCCCGAUUCUAAAAGAGACAUCUUGUAAGAGAUUUAUAAGCCAAACUUCCUCAGCCCCAUCUAAAUCAUUCCAUUCUUAUCCCAUUGCAUGACAGGACAGAGAAGCAGGUGAGAGGUAUCAGGAAAGAAGAUGCAUUGGUUUACAACCUUCACACAUUUAUCUGGAGAGUUUCUGCUCUUUUCUUCCAUGGUGGCCUUUGAUAAUACAUAUGGGCAGUGACAGCGCUCUGACACCCCAUCCCAUCCAUCAGGACUCCAUUUGCUUGGGGAUAGAAAAAACAGGCAUUCCUCACCCUUUCCACACACACCCUUGAUCCCAGGGACAACUAUAACUCAAGGUCAGGAGGUGUUUAUGCGUAAGAGAAGAAAGUGUAACUCAGUUCGACGGGAAGAAUACAAAGGAAAGCCACUCUGUGCUACGUAAAUGGUUGUCCAAAGCCACUCUGUGUUGAAAAGCCCUGGAAGGACCUUGAUAAAGUUAUAAUCAUUA